AUGUUCUACCGCGCCGCCGUCGCGCCCGGCAAGCCGGCGGUCUUCGUGCCGCCACCAGAGGAGCAUAUGCUGCACCUCUCCCAGGCCGCGCUGCCGCACGAUGUGCCCGAGGGCACGCGGGUGUCCCUGAUGGUGCGGCACGGCGACGACGACGUGCCCGCGCUGCUGUGCACGCUGUGCGCUGGGCGGCUGGACACCGUGGCCCUCGACCAGUUCUUCAGCCAUUACUGCGAGUUCACAGUGGCCGGCAACGCCACCAUCCACCUCAGCGGGUACUACACCCCUCAGCACGAGGAGGGCGAGGACGGCGACAUAGGGGAGGACGAGGAUGAUGACUACAUGCACCCCAUGAUGAUGCACGAUGGGGCCGAGUACGACAGCGAUGACGAGGAUGAAGACAGCGAGGAUGAUGAGGACGAGGAUGACGAGGACGAGGACGGGCUGGGCGGCAACCCCUGGGCGGCGGCCAGGGGCCUCGGCAAGCAGCCGUCCGCCGUCAUUGAAGAGAUCGAUGACGACGAGGAUGACCGCAAGGGCAAGAAGAACCUGAAGGCCCUGCCUGCCCCAGGCGCGAACGGCAAGCAGCAGCAGCAGCAGCAGCAGCAGCAGCAGCAGCAGCAGCAGCAGCAGCAGCAGGCGGUGCAGCAGCAGCAGGCGGUGCAGCAGCAGAAGAAGAAGGCGCAGCAGCAGCUAGCGGAGGAGUCUGAGGACGAGGAGGACGAGGAGGAUGACGAGGACGAGGAUGACGAGGGUGAGAGCGGAGACGAUGAGGGGGAGGACAGCGAGGAAGACGAGGGGGAGGAAGAGGAGGAGGAGCCGCAGCCCAAGACCAAGGCCGGGGACAAGCGCAAGGCGCAGGCUGACGCGGCCCAGGCCAGCAAGAAGCAGGCGGUUGGCCAGCAGCAGCCCAAGCCGGCGGUGCAGAAGGCGCAGCAGCAGCAGGAGAAGGCCCCGGCCAAGGGGAAGCCGGAGGAGAAGACGCCGGCGGGCAAGAAGCCGCAGCAGGCGGCGGCUGCGACUACCGCGGCCCAGAAGACGCCGCAGCAGCCGCAGCAGAAGGCGUCUCAAGGGCAGCAGCAGCAGCAGCAGCAGCAGCAGGCCAAGACGCCGCAGUCGCAGGCGGCGGCCGCAACCCCAAGCAGCACAACGAAGGCCUCUAAGCCCAGGGUCUUUGAGAAUGGAUUUGAGAUCCACGACCUGAAGAUGGGGCAGCCGGACGGGCGCCUCGCACGCGCGGGCAAGCGCGUGUCCAUGCGCUACGUGGGGCGCCUCAAGAAGGGCGGCAAGGUGUUCGACUCCAACACCAAGGGCAAGCCCUUCUCGUUCAGGCUGGGUGUGGGCGAGGUCAUCAAGGGUUGGGACAGGUGCGUAUAA